ACUUGACAGCAGCAAAUCAGUCGGUCUCCGGUCAUAUAAGCACACGGUAGCGAAACGUAAAAAAUUUUCCAAAAUGCUUAACAAAUCUCUGGUGCUUUGCUUGGCGACUAUUUGGUUCAUUUCGGAGCAUUCCGAUGCCAAGGAAUAUCAGUUUAUCCCCGCUCGAUGCGAGGAGCAGCCAGGAGUCGGUCAGCAGAUUGGCGGUCCUUUAAGCAUAUGCAGCUUUCCACCAAACUAUGAAAAGCCAGAUUCGGAGGACAUUGAGGCCGUGAUUAAACACAUAAAGAGCUUGCAAUUAAAUUGAAUUACACGAAAAUACGAAUAAUUGAAACGUUUAGAGAACUACACACUUUAUAUGCAUCAAGUCGCGCUCGGGUUAAUGAAAUCAAUAAAAUUAGCUAUAACUUUGUAUCUUAA